AUCCCCAUUUCUUCUUCUAAUACCCGCCCCGUUUCUGCUUCUCUCUCUCUCUCUCUCUCUCUCUCCAAACCGUCGUUUGCUUUCUCUCUCUAGGUAACCGCGCAUUUCGAUAUACAGCCCUGUUUCAGCCAUGACUGGCAAAGAAAUUCUCCACAAGAUGAAGGAAAAAGUUGGGCUAGGUUCAUCUGCUUCUGACACUGGAAAAGGGAAGAGUAAAAUGUCAAAGAACAUAACACAUGGUUAUCACUUGGUUGAGGGAAAAUCAGCUCACCCCAUGGAAGAUUAUGUUGCUGCAGAGUUCAAGCAAGUCGAUGACAAUGAACUCGGUCUGUUUGCAAUAUUUGAUGGUCAUUUGAGCCAUGAUAUUCCUGAUUAUCUGCGCUCUCAUUUGUUCGACAACAUUUUGAAAGAGCCUGAUUUCUGGACUGAGCCAGAGAGUGCAAUCAGGAGCGCUUAUCGUAUAACUGAUACUACUAUUUUGGAGAAAGCGGUUGAUUUUGGUAAAGGGGGUUCAACUGCAGUUACAGCAAUAUUAAUCAAUGGCCAGAAGCUGGUAGUAGCUAAUGUUGGAGAUUCUCGGGCUGUUAUCUGCAAGAAUGGUGUGGCCAAACAAUUAUCAGUUGAUCACGAGCCCAACAGGGAGAGGACCACCAUUGAGAACAAAGGUGGUUUCGUAACAAAAUUUCCAGGCGACGUUCCUCGUGUUGAUGGACAGUUGGCCGUAGCUAGAGCAUUUGGUGACAAAAGCUUGAAGGAACACCUCAGUUCAGAACCAGAUGUCGCAUCGGAGAUUAUAGAUGAUGAUACAGAGUUUAUUAUCUUGGCAAGUGAUGGUGUAUGGCAGGUAAUGACAAAUCAAGAGGCAGUGGACUGUAUCAAGAACAUAAAGGAUGCAAAAUCAGCCGCGAAGCACCUGACUGAAGAGGCACUUGCAAGGAAUAGCUCGGACGAUAUUUCCUGCAUAGUUAUAAGGCUUUGCUGAUUGGUCCUCUGGUUUUCGUGACUUAUCAAAGUAAGUAAGAAAGAAUUGUUCAGUUAACGGAGCUUUAGAAUCGAACCAGAUGCUGAUAUAUUGUGCCUUUGUAUCAGCCUUCUAUGCUUGCUAUUGUAUGGAGAUUUUAAUUUUUCUUUUUCUUUUUGUUGUAUAUUGUGAAAAUUGUCCUUGAUGUGUUGACAAAUAUUCAGUUGAAAAAUGUUCCAGAGCUCUAAACAAUGAGCUCUAAUGGAGCUCUAAUCAGUGGACCCUACCCAUUAAUGGGAUAAUUUGGCCUGUGGUUUUUUUUUUU